AUGGCGGAUUUCCUGCCGUCCCGCUCUCUUCUAUCUGUCUGUUUCCCCAACUGUCUCCUUACUAGCGGCGAGGCAGAGCAGUUGCGGAAAUCUAAAGAGAUAGAUAAGUGUCUCAUUCGAGAUAAAACGUACGUUAAGAGGCUAGUUAAAAUCCUAUUACUCGGAGCAGGCGAGAGUGGCAAGUCUACUUUCCUUAAGCAGAUGCGCAUUAUCCAUGGGCAGGACUUCGAUCAGAGGGCCAAAGAAGAAUUCAGAGCCACUAUUUAUAGCAAUGUUAUUAAAGGUAUACGAGUCUUAGUGGAUGCUCGAGAAAAACUUCAUAUCCCAUGGGGUAACCUGUCCAAUCAGCGUCAUGGAGAUAUGUUGAUGGCGUUUGACACCCGGUCUAUGAUGGCUCACGGCCAUGGUAUGGUGCAGCCCAAGGUUUUUCAGCACUACCUGCCAUCCAUCCGUGCCCUGUGGAUUGACCAGGGAAUCCAGAAUGCCUAUGACCGUCGCAGAGAAUUCCAAUUGGGAGAAUCUGUCAGGUAUUUCUUGGACAAUUUGGAAAAGCUGGGACAGUCGGACUACCUCCCCAGCCAACAGGACAUCCUCUUGGCCCGAAAGCCUACCAAGGGCAUCCAUGAGUACGACUUUGAAAUAAAAAACGUGCCUUUCAAAAUGGUGGAUGUAGGUGGUCAGCGUUCAGAGAGGCGCCGUUGGUUUGAAUGCUUCGACUCAGUCACCUCCAUUCUUUUCCUUGUCUCCUCCUCUGAAUAUGACCAGGUUUUGAUGGAAGACAGACAAACCAAUCGAUUGAGCGAGUCCCUCAACAUCUUCGAGACCAUUGUCAACAACCGAGUAUUCAACAACGUUUCCAUCAUCUUGUUUUUGAACAAGACGGACCUGCUGGAGGAAAAAGUCAAGCAAGUGUCCAUUAAAGACUACUUUCCUGAGUUUUCCGGAGACCCCAAAAGCCUGGCGGAUGUCCAGGCCUUCUUGGUGGAGUGUUUUCGCAAAAAGCGGCGAGAGCAGCAGCAGAAGCCGUUGUACCACCAUUUCACGACGGCCAUCAACACCGAGAACAUCCGCCUGGUGUUCCGCGAUGUUAAGGACACCAUCCUGCACGACAACCUCAAGCAGCUGAUGCUGCAGUGA